AUGCUGAGCCAAGCCGCGGCGACCUCCAAGAAGGAGAAACAGGCCUUUGCCCAAGCCGCAGCUGCUCGUGAAGCGGCGCUGAAGGAUGCCGAAGCCGCCCAGGAUCGCUGCCGGGGGCUGGAGGCCGAGCUGAAGGCCCUGACGCAGGCCGCAGAACGCAGCCGGCUGGAGGAGCUGGAGCGGAAGGUGGAGGCGGAGAAGGCCAAUCUUGACGCCAAAGCGAAGGUCCUGGCCGAGGACUGCGCGGCCUUCGCGCUUUUCGAGGAGAGGUCCCGCGUGGCACUGAAGCGUUGUGCGGCCGCUGGCACAGCCGUGAAGGGUCAGGUGGAGGCCCUGCUGAAGAAGUUCCGCGCCUUCGCUCUCGCGCCUUCGACCAGCGGUGCUCCUGAUCCUGCAGCCCCGGCCGACGGUACAGGUGAGGGCGACGCCACCAAGGAAGGAGCAUCCCUUGUGGGUGAUGGCGGUGCCCAGGGAUGA